AUGGCUGUUCCUCAUCGCCGGCACCGUACAUCACUGGAAUCGGUAAUCGUUCCUGAGCCGCAACACUUGACGGCAGAAGAGCAUGGCAAAGCAAUUGAGCUCUUUAACACCAUCAUUCAUUAUUUCGAGCCUCUGCAGGAAUCGACCAAGGAAUACAAGCCGAUCACCCUUGUACGCCUCACGAAAGAAGAGAUUUCUGUUAAAGAUGAGUUUCUUCUCUUAUUUUUCACAUUCAUUGAGCGUGAUCGAUUUGGAAUUUCAGAGGACGAGCAAAAGAAGAUUUGCCUGGCUGAGACCGUUUCGAACAUGCAAAAUUUUCAGAGAUGGACGAAUGAAGAACGACAUGCGCUUGGCCACAGUUUAGUUAAGUUUGCCAUGUAUCUAAUAGAUAAUUUCUUUCUACCACUCAAAGCAUUGGCCACAAAGACUCCUCAACCUACGCCAGCAUCUGUUUCUCGACUUAUGUCGUCAGAACCAGCUAUUGGCACCCCGCAACGUGUCUCUAAUUUGCGGCAUCUCUGCCUUGUGCGUGACCGACAUCGAUGCGUUAUAACCCGAAAAUUCGACGCUCUGGAGGGUGAAGCACGGUACAACAUCCAUGGGGACCAACUGACGGAUGAUGAGGGGAAUUCUUUACUGCCAGAAAGCAGCGAUAUGGCGCUCCUAGAAGUGGCGCAUAUCAUUCCUCAUUCUCUCAUGUCUCUUAGCAACAUUGAAGGAGAGCCGAAACUUACCGAGCGAAAGCAUAUCGCCCACAAAAUCCUCAAAAUGUUCAACCCUACAGCUUUCCACUUGAUCGAGGGAACUGAUAUUGACCGACCAAUGAACGCACUCACUUUGACUCAUGAUCUUCACCGCUUGUUUGGUAAUUUUGAAGUUGCAUUUGAACCGGUCCAGAACCAAGAGCACACAUACAGGAUUGACUUCGUGAAGACUAAACGCAUCUGGCGAGCCUACAAUCUCCCUGUUACCCGCGAGCUCUUCAUCACUCCCGACCGAAACAUCGAGCCGCCUCUUCGUCAGCUUUUGGAAAUACAUCGUGCUAUCGCACGCAUUCUUCAUCUUAGUGCAGUAGGUGAACAUAUCGAUCGAGUUAUUCAGGACAUGGAAAAAUUGAAGGUGGAGCCAGUGUACUCGGACGGGUCUUCUCGCAUUGGUGAAUACAUCAAAUAUAAACUUGCCCAUCAACUUGGUUGGACACAUGUUCAUUAG